CUAGUGUUUUCAUUAUGCAGUAGUUACUUGCACGGUGAUGUUCAUGUUUAAAAAAAUGUUUUGUUUUAUCAAGGAUGAACCCACGGAGAGGCGUACUUUGCAUGCUGCAUUGCACAGCCAUUGCCCCUCCCCCUCAAUGAUGGUGCGUCAUGCAGGGGGUGUUUCCUAAAGGAAACCUCCCAUCCAGAUGAAGCUGCUGCGGCUUUGAGAGCUCGGGAAAAGGAAGAGGAAGGACGCACUGCAGAGGCGGUGCAGCCAUGGGAAACGUACAGGAGAAGCCCCCCGGCAGCAUAGGAGGAGUAUCCGGACCGGACCAGACAAAAGGGGGGCCCACAGAGAACAGGAGCGAAACCAAAGGGGUGAUCAAUGGAAGCGCCGAGAGGAUCCCAGCCCCCCAGCUCCUUGUGAUGGAUGAAAGUUAUCUGGAUGCCCCAGCAGGGGGCCUCCCCCCCAAUCUAGCCCGCAUCAAGAAUGAGGGCAACUAUCUCUUCAAGCAUGGACAGUUUGGGGACGCUCUGGACAAGUACAGCCAGGCCAUUGACGGAUGUGCUCAAGCAGGCAUCAACAACCCUGAAGACUUGUGCAUUCUGUACUCCAACCGAGCCGCCUGCUACCUAAAAGACGGCAACAGCGCCGACUGCAUAGAGGACUGCACCAAGGCCCUGCAGCUGCAGCCGUUCUACCUGAAGGCGCUGCUGCGAAGAGCCAUGGCCUACGAGUCACUGGAGCGCUACCACAAGGCCUACGUGGAUUACAAAACCGUCCUGCAGAUGGACACGGGCGUGCAAGCGGCUCAUGACAGUGUUCACAGGAUCACCAGGAUGCUGAUCGAGCAGGACGGGCCUGAGUGGCGAGAGAAACUUCCGCAGAUUCCCGCCGUGCCGCUGGCGGUGCAGCGGGAACACCGCGAGAAACCCGCCAGCGUCCAGCAGGCCCAAGCGAGGGCGGCCUGGGCCUUGCAGGAGGAAGCCAGGCGAAAAGAAUCCCGCUUGAGCGCGUUGAAACAUGAAGGCAACGAGCUGGUGAAGAAAGGUCACUUUCAGGACGCUCUGCAUAAGUACAGUCAAUGCCUCGCCUUAAAACCGGACGAAUGUGCCCUCUACACUAACAGAGCCAUCUGCCUUCUGAAGCUGAGCCGCUUCCAAGAGGCCAAGCAGGACUGUGACUCUGCUCUCCGUCUGGAGCCCACCAACAAGAAAGCCUUCUACAGACGAGCGCUAGCCCACAAGGGUCUGCAGGACUACCUGUCAGCCAGUGGUGACUUGCAAGAGGUCCUCCAGCUGGACCCCAAUGUCAGGGAGGCCGAGCAGGAACUACUUGAGGUCACCGCCCUGCUCAGACAGAGCCUCAUGGACGACGCAGUGCACACGUAGAGAGAGGGGUACGAUGCAAACGUUACCUCUGCCAAGAUUUGCUGCUGAGGUGCUUAUGAGGAUUGUCAAGUGUGAAAACCUCUAAAAGGAGCCGAGCGAUAUCAACACAAGGUGGAGUGAAAACUAAAGUGUUAUGAGUGUGCCUUAGCUUAACUGAGUUUUCUAUCAGUUAUGAUGCAAUAUGCCAAGUUUGACUGCAGUUUAGUUUUGAGGAACUCAUGUACAGUGGAAAUUCAGAAGUGUUUUUGAUGCAGUUUUAUUCUAUUAUGACGUCAAGUGCACAUGUGUUGCAUGUACUUUGGGUAAAUAGCACAAUUGUACAAAAUUAAAAAAAGAGACUUGAUUUGAGAAAUUUUAUUCUUUAAAGAUAUGCAUUUGGAUGCACAUUACAAAGCCAAAAAUGAGUAAAUAUAUGCUUUCCCCAGAAUGAAAAAAGUUACUGUAAAUAAACAUCACUCCUCGUUUGUUGUUAGCAUUCGGAGACUUAAAGGAGCUGUAUCAUGCUAUUUUAAACUUUCCAAAGCUAAUUAUAUAAAGAUUUAUGAUUACCUUUGGCACAAGGGCAAUCUAAUUAGAAAACACCACUUUGGGCAUGUAUUUGUUGAGGAAUCGGCAUUUUAACAGCUCCAGACAAAUUGAUUUAGCAUGAUAUGGCUCCUUUAUGGUAUUUUGAUGACAA